AUGGCAACCGAACAGCCCAUCUCGUUUGACGCCAUCAUUCAGGCUGAUCGUCAGAAGAAGAAGCAGGAGGACCUCGCAAACAAACUCUUGGGAAAGAACCGCAGAUUAAGCGCGCCAGGCUCAGGUUCGGGCGCCGGCAAGAAAGUGCAGAAUAAAUCACAGAAUACAAAGCCUGGAAGCCUAGCAAGCAGGGUCGGAGUAACCAAGCGCUCUGCAUCAGCGACCGUGCAACCCAACAAGAACAAGCCUGCGCCCACCACGAACAACAAUCGGACACACGGCAAACCUGGCAAGAAUGAUCGCGUGAAUGCGGAUCAGGCCCGGGCAGCUUUGCAAUCCCAGAACGGCCAAAUGAACACACGAUCGGGCAACGUCGCGCAGAAUAGCCGUCCACUCGGUGGCAGCAACAUGACUAUUAAGGGUGCUUCGGGUCCGUUCUUUGUCGUCGGGAGGAACUUUGCGCCGGGGACAACAGCGGCCGACAUCCAGUCUGCUCUUGAGCCCAUAACAGGUCCCAUGCUCAGCUGCCAGAUAAUAGCAAGCCAGCCAAGUGUUACUGCGGCAUUUGCAUAUGCAGAUAAGACGGCCGCAGAGCUAGUUGUGGCCAACUUCCACAACCAGAGGGCUGACGGGAGACUGCUCACAAUGACCCUUAAAUCGACGAAGCCCGCAACACAGCAAGACCCCUUCAGUGCGCUCCGAGCGCAAGCUGACCAGGAACGAAUUCGAGCCCGUCGUGGCCCAAGCCAUCUGAACGACCUCCUAUCCGAGAACCGGGGAAACUCGCCGACUGGCCUCUACAGCGAUGAGAUGAUGGUCGAUGCGCCGGCGCGGAAUACCCAGAAGAACCAGAACCAACGGAGAUGGCGUCGUUGA